UCGAACUGAGCUCUAACCCAAACAAACCCAAACAUCGAACUGAGCUCUAACCCAAACAUCGAGCUCAAACAUUCAAAGUCCGCGCGCCGUAUAGUUCGCGUAAAUGCCGAUAGAUGGCGAUUUGGCUAGUGGGAUCUCUCGUGUGCGAAGCCUCGGCUGGACGAGCAUAUAAGGCGGCGAGUAUCGCUUGGAUUUCAGAGAAUUUCCAGGAGCGACAAUGGUGUACAACAAGGUGUGCUUGUGCGGCAUGCACGAGUGGGAUCCCCGCUUCGGCCGGCAGGUGCUGGACCUCCCGCUGCCGGCAUUUGCGGGGAUUGAGGAGCCACCACCCGCACCAGCACCAUCCCCAGCAUCAGCACCAGCACCAUCACCAGCACCAGCACCAUCACCGGCACCAGCAUCGGAGGAGGGGAAAAGGUCUAUCCUCGAGGACGACCUCUUCCUCUCCGAAGAUGAUAACCCUCCCGCUCCAAAAAUGAAGCAGCCCUCAGGGGAUGUUAAAAGAAAAUCAAUUCUUAUCCCUCCCCUGAAGGCUGCUCCAUCUAGGAAGAGGGUGCGUAUUAUCGUACCCAAGGGCCCUGCUAAAGAAAACGCCGACCCUUGGGUACGCAAAAGCACAGCACCGUUGAGACCACCCACUACGGCUCAACGGUUGCUUAAAUGUAUUAAAAAUAUUAAAAAAAUUUAA